AUGCUGGCACAGAUUACAAGUGUUGAUCACCAGCCCGCCAAGAUGAACAUGGUGAAGAGGAUCAUGGGGCGCCCCCGGCAGGAGGAGUGCAGCCCGCAGGACAACGCCUUGGGGCUGAUGCACCUCCGCCGGCUCUUCACUGAGCUGUGCCAUCCUCCUCGGCACAUGACUCAGAAGGAACAAGAGGAGAAGCUGUACAUGAUGCUGCCAGUGUUUAACAGGGUCUUUGGAAAUGCUCCACCAAAUACAAUGAUAGAAAAAUUUUCCGAUCUUCUGCAGUUCACAACACAAGUCUCACGAUUGAUGGUGACAGAAAUUCGAAGGAGAGCAUCAAACAAAUCUACAGAGGCUGCAAGUCGGGCCAUCGUCCAGUUCCUAGAAAUCAAUCAGAGUGAAGAAGCCAGUAGAGGCUGGAUGCUUCUGACAACAAUUAACUUGUUAGCAUCCUCUGGUCAGAAAACCGUGGACUGCAUGACAACGAUGUCAGUGCCUUCCACCCUGGUUAAAUGUUUAUAUCUGUUCUUUGACCUUCCACAUGUGCCUGAGGCAGUUGGAGGUGCACAGAACGAGCUACCUCUAGCAGAACGUCGUGGACUACUCCAGAAAGUUUUUGUACAGAUCUUAGUGAAACUCUGCAGUUUUGUUUCCCCGGCGGAGGAGCUGGCUCAGAAAGAUGAUCUCCAGCUUUUAUUCAGUGCAAUAACCUCUUGGUGCCCGCCUUAUAACCUGCCUUGGAGGAAGAGUGCUGGAGAAGUCCUUAUGACCAUAUCCCGUCACGGUCUUAGUGUCAAUGUAGUGAAGUAUAUCCAUGAAAAAGAAUGUUUAUCUACGUGUGUUCAGAAUAUGCAGCAAUCAGAUGACCUAUCUCCCCUAGAAAUUGUUGAAAUGUUUGCUGGGCUUUCUUGUUUCCUCAAAGAUUCCAGUGAUGUUUCCCAAACUCUUUUGGAUGAUUUUCGGAUAUGGCAAGGAUAUAUUUUCCUUUGUGACCUCUUGCUUAGAUUGGAACAAGCAAAAGAGGCAGAAUCCAAAGAUGCCUUGAAAGAUCUGGUUAAUCUGAUAACGUCCCUAACAACCUACGGUGUCAGUGAACUGAAACCAGCUGGUAUUACCACAGGGGCGCCCUUCUUAUUGCCUGGAUUUGCAGUGCCUCAGCCUGCAGGCAAAGGUCACAGUGUGAGAAAUGUCCAAGCCUUUGCAGUUCUUCAGAAUGCAUUUUUAAAAGCAAAAACCAACUUUCUUGCCCAGAUCAUCCUUGAUGCCAUCACAAAUAUUUACAUGGCUGACAAUGCCAAUUAUUUCAUCCUCGAGUCACAACACACAUUGUCGCAGUUUGCAGAGAAGAUUUCUAAACUCCCAGAAGUGCAAAGCAAAUACUUUGAGAUGUUAGAGUUUGUUGUUUUUAGCUUAAAUUAUAUCCCUUGUAAAGAACUUAUUAGUGUUAGCAUUCUCUUAAAAUCUAGCUCUUCUUACCACUGUAGCAUUAUUGCAAUGAAAACGCUCCUGAAGUUUACACGACACGACUACAUAUUUAAAGAUGUGUUCAGGGAGGUGGGCCUUCUGGAGGUCAUGGUGACCCUUUUGCACAAGUAUGCUGCCCUCUUGAAGGAUCCAACUCAGGCACUAAAUGAACAAGGGGACUCAAGAAAUAAUAGUUCAAUUGAAGACCAAAAACACCUAGCUUUAUUGGUUAUGGAGACCUUGACAUUGCUUCUUCAAGGAUCAAACACAAAUGCAGGAAUUUUCCGAGAAUUUGGAGGUGCAAGAUGUGCACAUAAUAUAGUGAGGUACCCCCAAUGCCGGCAGCAUGCCCUGAUGAUUAUCCAGCAGCUGGUGCUCUCUCCAAAUGGGGAUGAUGACAUGGGCACGCUUCUGGGGUUAAUGCAUUCAGCCCCACCCACAGAACUGCAGUUGAAGACUGACAUUUUAAGGGCCCUCCUGUCAGUUCUUCGAGAAAGCCAUCGGUCAAGAACAGUUUUUAGGAAAGUUGGAGGGUUUGUGUAUAUAACAUCUUUGCUUGUUGCUAUGGAAAGAUCUUUGAGCUUGCCACCGAAGAAUGGCUGGGAGAAAGUGAACCAGAACCAAGUAUUUGAACUUCUCCACACUAUGUUCUGCACGUUGACUGCAGCAAUGCGCUAUGAGCCAGCCAACUCUCAUUUCUUUAAAACAGAGAUUCAGUAUGAGAAAUUGGCAGAUGCUGUUCGAUUUCUUGGCUGCUUCUCAGACCUAAGGAAAAUAAGCCCCAUGAAUGUCUUUCCCUCAAAUACACAGCCAUUUCAGAGACUUUUAGAGGAAGACAUAACUUCGAUGGACUCUGUGUCACCCACUUUACAGCACUGCAGUAAACUCUUUAUUUAUCUCUACAAAGUAGCCACAGAUUCUUUUGACAGUCGUGCAGAACAGAUCCCUCCUUGCCUGACAAGUGAGUCUUCUCUCCCCUCUCCCUGGGGCACACCAGCUCUGUCCAGGAAAAGGCAUGCAUACCAUUCUGUUUCAACUACCCCCGUGUACCCUCCUAAAAAUGACCUGAAACUACAUGUGGCAACUUCCUCUCUCCAGAGUUCUGAUGCUGUCAUCAUCCAUCCGGGAGCCAUGCUGGCCAUGCUGGACCUCCUGGCCUCUGUGGGGUCAGCGGCACAGCCAGAACAUGCUUUGGACCUCCAACUUGCCGUGGCGAAUAUUUUACAAAUCCUGGUGCACACAGAGAGAAACCAGCAGGUGAUGUGUGAGGCCGGCCUUCACGCACGACUGCUGCAGCGGUGCAGCGCUGCCCUGGCUGACGAGGACCACGCGCUGCACCCACCCCUCCAGCGGAUGUUUGAGCGAUUGGCCUCCCAGGCUCUGGAGCCCAUGGUGCUGAGGGAGUUUUUGCGUUUGGCAAGUCCAUUAAAUUGUGGUGCCUGGGACAAAAAACUGCUUAAACAAUAUAGAGUCCACAAACCAAGUUCACUGAGUUAUGAACCAGAGAUGAGAAGUAGUCUAAUCAUGUCUAUGGAAGGUCUGGGUUCUGAUAAUGUUUUCAGCUUACAUGAAGAUAACCACUAUCGGAUUAGCAAGAGCCUGGUAAAAUCUGCAGAAGGAAGCACUGUACCCCUGACCAGGGUAAAGUGUCUGGUCUCCAUGACAACUCCACAUGACAUCAGACUUCAUGGGUCAUCAGUUACUCCAGCUUUUGUUGAAUUUGACACAUCCCUUGAAGGGUUUGGCUGCCUGUUCCUGCCCAGUUUGGCCCCUCAUAAUGCCCCUACAAACAGUGCUGUUACAACAGGUCUUACUGAUGGGGCUGUGGUCAGCGGCAUUGGUUCUGGUGAAAGAUUCUUUCCUCCUCCCUCUGGCUUAAGCUACUCUAGCUGGUUUUGUGUUGAACAUUUUAGUUCUCCUCCAAAUAACCAUCCUGUCAGAUUUCUGACUGUUGUGCGCCGAGCAAAUUCUUCUGAGCAGCAUUACGUGUGCCUUGCAAUAGUUCUGUCAGCAAAAGACCGAUCUCUGAUUGUUUCCACCAAAGAGGAGCUACUCCAGAACUAUGUUGAUGAUUUUAGUGAAGAAUCCUCUUUUUAUGAGAUUCUCCCAUGCUGUGCUCGAUUUCGAUGUGGAGAACUAAUAGUCGAGGGUCAGUGGCAUCAUCUGGUUCUGGUGAUGAGCAAAGGCAUGCUCAAGAAUAGCACCGUGGCCCUCUACAUCGAUGGACAGCUUGUCAGCACUGUGAAGCUUCAUUAUGUUCACAGUACUCCUGGGGGUUCAGGUUCCGUAAAUCCUCCUGUGGUCAGCACAGUCUAUGCAUACAUUGGUACUCCACCUGCCCAACGCCAAGUUGCUUCGCUGGUUUGGCGACUAGGACCCACACAUUUUUUGGAAGAAGUUUUACCUCCUUCAAGUGUCACUACCAUUUAUGAACUAGGACCAGAUUAUGUUGGAAGUUUUCAGGCUGUAUGUAUGCCAUGUAAAGAUGCAAAAUCUGAAGGCAUAGUGCCAUCUCCUGUGUUAUUAGUGCCAGAGGAAAAGGUGUCAUUUGGCCUCUAUGCACUCUCCGUGUCUUCCCUGACAGUGGCAAGAAUCCGGAAGGUGUACAACAAGUUGGACAGCAAAGCCAUCGCUAAGCAGUUAGGCAUUUCCUCCCACGAGAAUGCCACUCCUGUGAAGUUGAUACACAAUGCAGCAGGACAUCUCAAUGGGCCUGCAAGGACAAUUGGGGCCACUCUGAUUGGAUACUUGGGAGUAAGAACAUUUGUUCCUAAGCCUGUUGCCACUACUUUGCAGUACAUUGGGGGAGCUGCAGCCAUCCUGGGCCUGGUGGCCAUGGCUUCUGAUGUGGAGGGGCUCUAUGCAGCAGUCAAGGCCCUGGUUUGUGUGGUCAAGAGUAACCCACUAGCCAGCAAAGAGAUGGAAAGAAUCAGGGGCUACCAGUUGCUGGCAAUGCUACUUAAGAAGAAACGUUCCCUUCUUAACAGCCAUAUUCUCCAUCUAACUUUUUCCUUGGUGGGAACUGUUGACAGUGGACAUGAGACCUCCAUUAUUCCCAAUUCAACUGCUUUCCAGGAUCUACUUUGUGAUUUUGAAGUAUGGCUUCAUGCACCAUAUGAACUUCAUCUUUCCUUAUUUGAACACUUCAUUGAACUGCUCACAGAGUCCAGUGAAGCUUCCAAGAAUGCCAAAUUAAUGAGGGAAUUCCAGCUAAUCCCAAAGCUGCUACUGACUCUUCGAGAUAUGUCUUUAUCCCUGCCUACCAUUGCUGCUAUUAGUAAUGUGCUGAGCUUCCUACUGCAAGGUUUUCCUAGCAGCUAUGAUCUGCUCAGGUUUGGCCAGUUUAUUUCUUCUACUUUACCAACCUUUGCAGUUUGUGAGAAAUUUGUCGUUAUGGAAAUAAACCAUGAAGAGAAGCUUGACACUGGAACUGAAGAAGAGUUUGGAGGCCUUGUGUCUGCUAAUCUUAUACUUUUAAGGAACAGACUUCUAGAUAUCUUGCUAAAACUAAUUUACACAUCUAAAGAAAAGACAAGCAUUAAUUUGCAAGCCUGUGAAGAACUGGUCAGGACACUGGGUUUUGACUGGAUUAUGAUGUUUAUGGAAGAGCAUUUGCAUCCCACCACAGUCACAGCAGCCAUGAGGAUUCUUGUUGUCCUGCUGAGUAAUCAGUCUAUUCUCAUCAAGUUUAAAGAAGGACUCAGUGGUGGAGGGUGGCUGGAACAGACAGACUCGGUCUUAACAAAUAAGAUUGGAACUGUAUUAGGAUUCAAUGUGGGCAGGAGUGCUGGUGGAAGAUCAACAGUCAGAGAGAUUAACCGGGAUGCUUGCCAUUUUCCUGGUUUUCCAGUCCUCCAGUCAUUUCUUCCUAAGCACACUAAUGUCCCUGCCCUCUAUUUCCUGCUCAUGGCAUUGUUCCUGCAGCAGCCAGUUAGUGAGCUGCCAGAGAACCUGCAGUUUGAUUUAGAUUCCAUUUGGACAUUUAUCUUCGGAGUUCCUGCCUCCAGCGGAACUGUGGUCUCUUCCAUUCAUAACGUGUGCACUGAAGCUGCUUUCUUAUUGCUGGGAAUGCUCCGCAGCAUGCUGAACUCACCAUGGCAGUCAGAAGAAGAGGGGUCUUGGCUCCGAGAAUAUCCUGUGACCCUAAUGCAGUUCUUCAGAUACUUGUAUCACAACGUCCCGGACCUGGCCUCCAUGUGGAUGAGCCCCGACUUCCUGUGUGCACUCGCAGCCACCGUCUUCCCCUUCAACAUCCGCCCUUACUCAGAGAUGGUGACAGACCUCGAUGAUGAAGUUGGGUCUCCAGCGGAAGAAUUUAAAGCCUUUGCAGCCGACACGGGGAUGAACAGGAGCCAGUCUGAGUACUGCAACGUGGGGGUCAAGACAUAUCUGACCAACCACCCCGCUAAAAAGUUUGUUUUUGACUUCAUGCGGGUUUUAAUAAUAGAUAACCUCUGUCUCACCCCUGCGAGCAAGCAGACGCCACUAGUUGAUCUUUUGUUGGAGGCUUCCCCUGAAAGAUCUACAAGAACUCAGCAAAAAGAAUUUCAAACUUACAUUUUGGAUAGCGUGAUGGACCAUUUGCUUGCAGCUGAUGUGUUACUAGGGGAAGAUGCAUCUCUACCUAUUACCAGUGGAGGAAGCUACCAGGUAUUGGUGAACAAUGUGUUUUAUUUCACACAACGUGUGGUGGACAAACUUUGGCAAGGCAUGUUCAACAAAGAAUCUAAACUUCUUAUAGAUUUUAUAAUUCAACUAAUUGCACAGUCAAAGAGAAGAUCCCAGGGACUGUCCCUGGAUGCGGUCUAUCACUGCCUCAAUAGGACGAUCCUGUACCAGUUCUCACGGGCACACAAAACUGUUCCACAGCAAGUAGCUCUCCUUGAUUCCCUCCGGGUCCUGACUGUGAACAGGAACUUGAUCCUGGGACCUGGGAACCAUGACCAGGAAUUCAUCAGCUGUCUGGCUCACUGCCUUAUAAAUCUGCAUGUUGGAAGCAAUGUGGAUGGAUUUGGACUGGAAGCAGAAGCCCGCAUGACUACCUGGCACAUUAUGAUCCCCUCUGACAUUGAGCCAGAUGGUGGAUACAGCCAAGAUAUUAGUGAAGGGCGACAACUUCUCAUAAAAGCUGUCAAUAGAGUUUGGACUGAAUUGAUACAUAGUAAGAAACAAGCCUUAGAGGAGCUUUUCAAAGUCACUCUCCCUGUGAAUGAAAGGGGCCACGUGGACAUAGCAGUAGCGAGGCCUCUCAUUGAAGAAGCUGGUUUGAAGUGCUGGCAGAAUCAUUUGGCCCAUGAAAAGAAAUGCAUCAGCCGCGGAGAGGCGUUAGUGCCCACCUCUCAGUCCAAGCUGUCCCGCGUGAGCAGCGGCUUCGGUCUCUCCAAGUUAACAGGAUCAAGAAGGAAUCGGAAGGAGAGUGGUCUCAGUAAACACAGCCUUUCUACCCAGGAGAUUUCUCAGUGGAUGUUUACACAUAUCGCUGUUGUUCGUGACUUAGUAGACACACAAUAUAAGGAACAUCAGGAGCGCCAGCAAAAUGCCCUGAAGUAUGUGACUGAGGAGUGGUGCCAAAUCGAGAAUGAACUGCUGCGGGAGCGAGGGCUGUGGGGUCCCCCCAUUGGCUCCCACCUAGAUAAAUGGAUGCUGGAGAUGACAGAAGGGCCCUGCAGAAUGAGAAAGAAAAUGGUGCGAAAUGAUAUGUUUUAUAACCAUUACCCUUAUGUGCCAGACACCGAACAAGAGGCAAGUGUGGCGUCUGAGAUCCCAAGUAAACAGCCUGAGACUUCUGAUGAUAUCAUUCCUCAAAAGAAACCUGCUAGGUACAGAAGAGCCAUAAGUUAUGACAGCAAAGAAUACUACAUGCGACUAGCCUCUGGCAAUCCCGCCAUUGUCCAAGAUGCCAUUGUAGAGAGUUCAGAAGGUGAAGCUGCUCAGCAAGAGCCAGAGCAUGGUGAAGACACUAUUGCCAAAGUCAAAGGUCUGGUCAAGCCUCCUCUGAAACGGUCCCGAUCUGCACCUGAUGGAGGCGAUGAGGAGAACCAGGAGCAGUUACAAGACCAGAUUGCUGAGAGUGGCUCUGUAGAAGAGGAGGAGAAAACGGACAACGCCACCCUACUUCGCCUCCUAGAGGACGGAGAAAAGAUCCAACACAUGUACCGUUGUGCUAGAGUCCAGGGCCUGGAUACCAGUGAGGGGAUGCUUCUCUUUGGUAAAGAGCAUUUUUAUGUGAUUGAUGGAUUUACAAUGACAGCAACAAGGGAAAUAAGAGACAUUGAAACUUUACCUCCAAAUAUGCAUGAGCCAAUUAUUCCUAGAGGAGCCAGGCAAGGCCCCAGCCAGCUCAAGAGAACGUGCAGCAUUUUUGCGUAUGAAGAUAUCAGGGAGGUACAUAAAAGGAGGUAUCUUCUGCAGCCUAUUGCUGUGGAAGUUUUCUCUGGAGAUGGACGGAAUUACCUCCUUGCUUUUCAGAAAGGAAUUAGAAAUAAAGUCUAUCAAAGGUUUUUGGCUGUAGUUCCAUCUCUAACUGACAGUUCCGAGUCUGUGUCUGGGCAAAGACCAAACACAAGUGUGGAGCAAGGGUCUGGGUUGCUUAGUACUUUGGUUGGAGAGAAGUCUGUCACUCAGAGAUGGGAGAGAGGUGAAAUCAGCAACUUCCAGUAUUUGAUGCACUUGAACACUUUGGCCGGCAGAUCGUACAAUGACCUCAUGCAAUAUCCUGUGUUUCCUUGGAUCCUUGCAGAUUACGACUCAGAGGAGGUCGAUCUUACUAAUCCCAAGACAUUUAGAAACCUGGCGAAGCCAAUGGGAGCACAGACAGAUGAACGAUUAGCUCAAUAUAAGAAGCGAUAUAAAGACUGGGAAGACCCUAAUGGAGAAACUCCAGCCUAUCACUAUGGGACCCACUAUUCAUCUGCCAUGAUUGUGGCUUCAUAUCUAGUGAGGAUGGAGCCUUUCACACAGAUAUUCUUACGGCUGCAGGGAGGCCACUUUGACCUGGCUGACCGGAUGUUCCACAGUGUGCGGGAGGCCUGGUAUUCAGCAUCCAAGCACAACAUGGCAGACGUAAAAGAGCUGAUCCCAGAGUUUUUUUACUUACCAGAAUUCCUGUUCAAUUCCAACAACUUUGAUCUGGGCUGUAAACAAAAUGGCACCAAGCUUGGAGAUGUUAUCCUCCCACCCUGGGCCAAAGGGGACCCCCGAGAAUUCAUCAGAGUCCACCGAGAGGCUUUGGAAUGUGAUUAUGUGAGUGCCCAUCUGCAUGAAUGGAUUGACUUAAUCUUUGGCUACAAACAGCAAGGCCCUGCCGCAGUAGAAGCUGUAAAUGUCUUCCACCAUCUGUUUUAUGAGGGUCAAGUGGAUAUCUACAACAUAAACGACCCACUGAAAGAGACAGCCACAAUAGGGUUCAUCAACAACUUCGGUCAGAUUCCUAAACAGCUUUUUAAGAAACCUCAUCCACCAAAGCGAGUGAGGAGUCGGCUCAAUGGAGACAACGCUGGAAUCUCUGUCCCUCCAGGCUGUACAGGUGACAAGAUCUUUUUCCAUCAUCUAGACAACUUGCGGCCUUCUCUGACACCUGUCAAAGAACUCAAGGAGCCUGUGGGACAAAUAGUGUGCACAGACAAAGGCAUUCUGGCAGUAGAACAGAACAAGGUGCUUAUCCCACCUACCUGGAACAAAACCUUCGCCUGGGGCUACUCAGACCUCAGCUGCAGGCUGGGAACCUAUGAGUCAGACAAGGCAGUGACUGUCUAUGAAUGUUUGUCUGAGUGGGGCCAGAUUCUGUGCGCCAUCUGCCCCAACCCCAGGCUGGUCAUCACAGGUGGAACAAGCACCGUUGUGUGUGUGUGGGAGAUGGGCACCUCAAAAGAAAAGGCCAAGACCCUCACUCUCAAACAGGCCUUGCUUGGCCACACCGACACCGUCACAUGUGCCACAGCUUCAUUUGCCUAUCACAUCAUCGUCAGCGGGUCCCGUGACCGAACCUGCAUCAUCUGGGAUCUGAACAAACUGUCAUUCCUAACCCAGCUCCGAGGCCACCGAGCUCCGGUUUCUGCUCUUUGUAUCAAUGAAUUAACAGGGGACAUUGUGUCCUGUGCGGGCACCUACAUCCACGUGUGGAGCAUCAACGGGAACCCCGUCGUGAGUGUGAACACCUUCACGGGGAGGAGCCAGCAGAUCGUCUGCUGCUGCGUGUCCGAGAUGAACGAGUGGGACACCCAGAACGUCAUAGUCACGGGACACUCGGACGGGGUGGUCCGGUUUUGGAGGAUGGAGUUUUUGCAAGUUCCUGAAACACCAGCUCCAGAGCCCACAGAAGCCCUGGAAAUGCAGGAAGACUGUCCAGAAGCACAAAUAGGACAGGAAGCCCAGGAUGAGGACAGUAGCGACUCAGAUGCCGAUGAGCAGAGCGUCAGCCAGGAUCCCAAGGAUGUGCCCAGCCAGCCCCCCAGCACCAGCCACAGGCCCCGGGCAGCCUCCUGCAGAGCCACGGCCGCCUGGUGCACCGACAGCGGCUCCGAUGACUCCAGGCGCUGGUCUGACCAGCUCAGUCUGGAUGAGAAAGAUGGCUUCAUAUUUGUGAACUAUUCAGAGGGCCAGACCCGAGUCCACUUGCAAGGUCCCCUUAACCACCCUCACCCUCACCCCGCUCCCAUGGAAGUUCGGAAUUACAGCAGAUUGAAACCUGGGUACCGGUGGGAGCGGCAGCUGGUGUUCAGGAGUAAGCUGACGAUGCACACGGCCUUCGAUCGGAAGGACAACGCGCACCCCGCAGAGAUCACGGCCCUGGGCGUCUCCAAGGAUCACAGUAGGAUCCUCGUGGGUGACAGUCGAGGCCGAGUGUUCAGCUGGUCUGUGAGUGACCAGCCCGGCCGCUCUGCUGCUGACCACUGGGUGAAGGAUGAAGGCGGGGACAGCUGCUCGGGCUGCUCAGUGCGGUUUUCUCUCACAGAAAGACGGCACCAUUGCAGGAACUGCGGCCAGCUCUUCUGCCAAAAGUGCAGUCGGUUUCAAUCAGAAAUCAAACGCUUGAAAAUCUCAUCCCCAGUGCGAGUUUGUCAGAACUGUUACUACAACUUACAGCAUGAGAGGGGUUCAGAAGAUGGGCCUCGGAACUGUUGA